UGCCAUCAUAAUUCUGCAUAAACCUCUUUCCGAUGACUAGCCGGAGUAAUGCACUUUAUGCCGUAUCUAAUCUCCCCCACCAACAAUCUGCCGCAAUCAACUACGUCACCGACGUAACGACUUCAAGACUAUCGAUCUAUCAUCCAAACUAGACUUGUCGACAACACCAAACUUCAUCACCAAUAGUUGCACUGUACCUCUAUUACCUCCCUCACAAAUCCCCUCACCUUCAUACUUCAACAUACUCCCCAAUAGACCACACAGCACAUAUCCCAAACAUGUUCUCCACCACCACCACCCGCCCCCAAAACCACCGCUUAAAAAUCACCGCAGGAACAUCCUACGACCCAAGCACCCACCAAACCAUCACCGUGAACAGUCCCUCUCCACUACACCUGGAAAACACCCACCUCUCCACAAACCUCUGGGUCCGUAUCAAAGAUUACACAGGCCACCCAACCACCUCCCCCCCCACAUCCCGAUACUUCACCCACCCCCCCUUCACCAAAAACCUCUACUCCCUAACCUUCACCUUCACGCCCACCACACACCCCAUCAACGGGAACAACCUCCUCUUCGGAAAUGACUUCGACCAUCCGAUUCGCUCCUACCUUCCGCCGGGAUUCAACACCGCGUUGAAGAUUGUCAAGUCGACGUUGGAUCCCUCGCUAGAGGGGGAUGCGUAUGCUGAUAAGCCAUAUUUGUAUAGUCCGGGUUUGGCGUCGUGGAAUCAGUUUUCUGUUGGUGGAUUCGGGGAGGGUGGUGAUGGGGUUUGGGGUGCAGAUGAGGAUGUGAUUGUUACUGAAGGGGGUGUUGGGGAUGGUGUUGAUGUGAGGAAGGGGUAUGAUAUGCCUGAGAGUGCAUCGUCGCGGAGAUCGUAUUUUCUCUCAGAGGAGAAGAGAAAGGAGUUUGUGUUUGAGGAGGGGAGAAGGUAUGGGGUUGAGUUUGGGAAUGGGUUUUUGGAUUUUAAUGAAUUCGCAAUUCGGAUCCCGGGGAUCAGUUUUCGUAUUGGAAAGUAUGUGAGUGAGAAGAAUAAUGUGUUGAGGUAUGUUUUGAAGGAUCGGGGGACGGGGGAGGUGUAUUUGGUGGUUUGUUUCACGGUGGUUUUGGAUGAGGAUAGGAAAAAUGGGAAGGAUGGGGAUAAUGAGGAGAAUGCUGAGGAAGCUAAGGGGGGGAGGGAUGGGAAUGAGGUGGAUGGGGUGGAUUAGAUGGUUGUGGACUGCUGGCUAGAUGGA